AUGAACGACGAAGAAAAGGAAUUGGAGGCUUUCAUAGCCAAAGGAGUGGAUAUUUACAAGCUCCUUGAUAUUUCACCCGAUGCUAAGGAUAACGAGAUAAGAAGAGCAUACAGGCGAAAGGCCCUUGUGUUACAUCCAGACAAGAACCCCUCACCAGAAGCACGUGAAUUAUUCAGAGAAAUUGGAAUUGUGCAAUCGAUUUUGACUAAAUCUGAGCUGAGAAUCAAAUAUGACCAAUCAUUAGAGUCUAAGAGGCAAAAGGAGCAAGAAGAACGGAAACUGGAUGGUAAGUACAGAGACUUCCGAAGUAGUCUCUUAAGACGUGAGAAAGAGGUCGUUUCAGCUGGUAAAAAAGCAUCAUUGCGAUCACAAAAAAUCGAGCGAUUACGAGAUGAGGCUCUCCGUCUUCGUCAAAUCAAAGAAAAUGAAUUGCGUUCGAAAACAAGCACAAGAGCUCAACCUCACCAAGACCACCGCACUUCGAUGGUGCUGCCCAAAAGCGUCAAGCUGAAAUGGAAGAAUAAGCUUCAAUUGAUCGACAUGAUCACUGAAGAUGUGAUCGAAAAGCUCAUGAGUGUGUUUGGAGACGUUCGUCGCGUUUCAAUCUUGAGAAGUACCAAUAGGACAAAGGAUAACUAUCACUAUGCUAUUGUCACAUUCGCUUCGUUCAGAUCGUGUGUUUAUUGUUCUUUGCAUGAUUUUUCGCACACAUCGAAUAUCUGGGACUCUUUGGGAUUGCGAAAGCUUGGUAGCCUACUGAGAUCAUGCAAAUUGUGGACAGAAGAGGGUGGGAGUGUUGAGAUAUCUGAAUUGGAGGAUGUCAAGAGUCUCGUUGAUAGCAGAGAAUUGGGGUUUGAUGGAUAUCUGGGCCUGACUUUAUUAAGGCUAGUAAACAGUUACAGUAAUGAAAGUAAAUGA